AAAAAUAUAAAUACAAUCACAAUCACUGUGACUGAGGCAAUAAUAAAACGUUUCUAAUAUGAAUUCCGUGUUAAAAUUCCCCUACAUAUUUAAACCAAAUGUCCAAAACAUCAGAACGACUUACUGGUAUUGUAGGACAGGUUACAGAGAUGUAGUGGGCCACGGUGUUAAUGGUAUAGCCGGCUACAAAGAUGAUUGCCAUUUUCCAUUCCCAGCUGUGAGGUUUAAGGAGAACACUCAGGACAUAUGUGCCCUUCGCGAGAAGGAACGUUGUGAUUGGCGGAUGCUCUGCUGUGAGGAGAAGAAGGCUCUGUACCGCGCUUCCUUCUGCCAGACCUUCGCGGAGUUCCAGGCGCCAACUGGCCAAUGGAAAUUCAUCAUGGGAUGGGUGUUCGUCGUUACUUCCUUCACAUUCUGGGCAGCCAUGUUUUAUCAUCAUUACGUGUAUGAGCCGUUGCCAAGUACAUUCUCCAAGGAGUCCCAGAAGGCUCAACUGCGCCGCAUGCUGGAGCUACGUGUUAAUCCCAUAGACGGAAUUUCAUCCCUCUGGGACUACGACAACGACAAAUGGCUGUGAAAUUUGUGUCUCAAGAAAAGCUGCAACGUUUGAUUAUUUAUUCCUAAUAACGUUACUUAGACAUUAAUUUAAAGCAUCAUCAAUAAAGGGUUUCGUUCAUAUUUCA